AUGACGAGUCAGUUGUACAAUCGGGAGAAGCAACACCAUUCUCGUAGGAAGGGAUCUCUACCAAGUAGUACCGCCAGUGGAGAUGAAGAGUUUGAGUCAUCCUCUCCUCAUGAUGCAUCUUCUAAUGAAUCUUCUCCUCUUCCUACCCCUGCCUCAAGACAAGGAAUAUCUCCCUUCAAUCCAUCAUCGCAUCAUUGGCAAAACAAAAGCCUAAACAAAAUGGAGCCCAAUGAGUACUUGAAGCACCAACAACAUGAGGACACUCUACUAGCGGUACGAAAAACAAUUGAAUCUAUUCAAGGCGAACUGAGGACUAUCACCUCCUCUGCACUUGAAGAAAACUUUGCCAAAGAUCUAUCCACCUUCCUCAAUAAUCAAAACAACAAUCAAACUGUAAUUUUGAAAUCGGAGAAAGUAAUUUAUUUGAAGAACAUUGAAAAUCUUGUUCGCCAAAUUAAAAUCUUGGAUGAAACAAGGAAAGGAGAAAUCGCCUCGUUAAAAUCCAUGUACGAAGAAAAACUUGCUGUACUCGAGUCAGAACUGCAAAAGAAAGAAUCCUUGGUAGGAAUAUUGACUCGAGUUAGUGAGGAAAAAGAUAGAGUGAUUGACAACAUUCAUUUGGAAAAUGGUGCCAGAGUUAGUACCCCAAAAGAGCUUAAAAGCAUGAAGCAAGAACUCAAUUGUUUGAAACGGCACCUCCCAGAAACAUCAGAAACAUUAACUCAACUAAAGAAGGAUAGAAAGAAGUCGAGAUCACCCGUUGAGACAGUUUACCCAAAGAAAGUGAAUGUGUCGUCCUCUUCCCCUCCUAAAGAUCUGGAUGACCUUAAAGAAUACUUUAACAGUGUGCAUUCUUCUCCAACCUUGACAGACAAGACAAGAUGGAUCCAAGAAAGCGUUAACAAUAGAAGCUCGUUGAACGAAAAGCUACCAAUUCUCACCAAAAAAACAGCGUCAAAAUGA